ACAAUAAAGUGUUAAAAUACUGAAAACUAUUUAAAUUUAGAAUAAUUGACAAUUUCAAUGACUAUUUUUGAAUGCUUAAACAUAAGAAUAAAUACCAGAAAAGACUUAAUUUUAUAAUAAGAGAUAUUUUUUGGUUUCAAAUAAAGAUAAUAAUAAUAAUCAGUAUAAAAUUAUGUAUUUUUAGAAUCUAAUUAAUAUAUAAAAAUAAAUGCAAAUAUAACACAUAUGGAUAAUUAUUUAGGCAUAUUAAUAUUUAUUGCUGAUAAGAAUAUAUAUAUAGAACCUCCAAAAACUGAUAUAUAUAAUAAUAUUUUUAUAAAAUCAGGGCAUAUAGGGUUAUAAACAAAUGAAGAAAUUAUUUUAAAAAACUCAUUUUUUUCAGCAAAUUUUAUUCGAUGCGAUGAUGAUUUAAAUUUUUCUAUGAAAAAAAAAUCCAUUUAUAGUUAAUUAUUUGAGCUUUUUAUAGAUAAAUAGACAGGAAAGGCAAAUUUAGUUUUUAAAAAAUAAGAAAAAAACUCAAAAUUUAAAAUUGUUUAUUAAUUUCUUUAAACUGAUUUUACACUGCUUUUUUUAGCUGAAAAAAAUAUUUCUAUGGACAUUAAUACAACUAUUAAGGCUUCUAAAAUAGGUCUUUUUUCACUUAAUAUAGCCUCAAAUGGAAAUUUAAAUUCAACUGGAAUGGGUUGCCAACCUAAUAAUGGUAAAGGAAAGGGUCUUUAUUACAAUACAGAGUAUUAAUGUGCUGCCCAUGGGGCUCAUCAUGCCGGCUAUGGAGGCAUAGGGUUACCUUAGGGGAAAUUAGAGGCAGAUGUGAUCGAAUAAUAUGCAAUAUAUUGCAUAAAAUAUUUCAAUUAUAUAAACUUUAUAUUCAAAAACAACCCGUAUGAUUACUAAAAUAUGUUCUUUGAAGGAAGUGGAGGCUCUUGUUAAAAUUGCAGUGAAAAAAUUGAGGAAAAAAAAGAAGGAGAGGGUGCAGGAGGAGGUGUAGUAAUAAUUUAUGGAGUAUAAUAAGUUUAAUUAGGAGGUAAAGUAGAAUCUAAUGGACAAAAAUUCUGGAAUGUUAAAGGAAGUGGAGGAUCCGGAGGUUCAAUACUUAUUAAAAGUAAUAUAAUAUAAGGAAAUGCUUAAUUAAUGGCAUAAGGAGGUGAUUCAGAUGAUGAAGGUUUAUUUGGAGAAGGUUCAGGAGGAAAAAUAUAAAUUGAUUAAUAAAAUUGCAUAGGAUUUUUCGAUUUAAAUCAAAAAAUUUAAUAAUUUAAUGGUAUUAUUAAUGUUUAAAGUGGUUUUCGGAAAAUUAAUAAUUAAUUAAUAAAAAAUGAACUUUUUUUAUAAAUAAAAGCUAAUAACGGAGUUUUUAUACCAUAAAUAUGUUAAAGUGAAUAUGAACCUAAUAUAAAUGGAGGAUGUGAUUUAUGUAAAUAAGGUUACUAUAAAACUAGUUCUUUUGGUUCUUGCAAAAAGGUUGA